CUGUUUUCUGAAUGGCUCAAGCCUAACACAGCUGAUUUCAUAAAGCAAUUCUUAUGGAAGUUGUGCAAAGGGAAUAAGUGCAAAACCCUUGAGAUAGCUCCUCGUACCUCGUAAUUAGGUCGCUGGAUUUCUCCCUCCGCUUCUCGUCUCCCAAACACCGGAGGAAAUCGUGGCGUUCCCGUAUCGCAUCUGUCACUCAGAGAUGUGGUCGUGGUGGUUGUGGCUGGCGGCCGUGCUGCUGCCGCGCCUCUCGCUGGCCCAGCGCUCAGCGCCCAUGUUCUCGUCCGUGACCCAGAGCGUGCUGCCUCCGGACAACGACAACAACCCCACGCAGCUCAACUACGGCGUGGCCGUCACCGACGUGGACGGGGACGGAGACCUGGAGAUAUUUGUGGCUGGCUACAAUGGUGCUAAUCUGGUGCUGAAAUACGACAAGCAGAGGAGCAGGCUCUUGAACAUCGCCGUGGACGACCACAGCUCGCCAUUCUACAAUCUUAGGGAUCGCCAAGGCUACGCCAUCGGAGUGACAGCGUGUGACAUUGACGGAGACGGCCGCGAGGAGAUAUACGUCCUCAACACCAAUAAUGCCUUUGCUGGUGAGGCGACGUACUCGGACAAGCUGUUUAAGUUCCGUAAUGGACGCUUUGAAGAUCUGCUGAGCGAUGAGAUCAACGAGCACCGAGACGUGGCCAACAGGAUGGCCGGCCGCUCGGUGGCCUGUGUGGACAGGAAGGGCACCGGCCGCUACGCCAUCUACAUCGCUAACUACGCCAGCGGGAGGGUGGGCCCCCACGCCCUCAUCGAGAUGGACGAGGCCGCCAGCGACCUCUCGCAGGGGGUCAUCGCCCUGUCCAACGUGGCCGAACAGGCGGGGGUCAGCAAGCUCACAGGGGGUCGUGGCGUGGUGGUUGGGCCCAUUGUCAGUCAGACCCUAUCGGACGUGUUUUGUGACAACGAGCACGGAGCCAACUUCCUGUUCAGGAACAACGGCAACGGUACUUUCACAGAAGUGGCGUCUCAAGCCGGUCUGGAGGACCCCAUGCAGCACGGCAGGGGCGUUGCCCUGGGAGACUUCAACCGCGACGGCAAGACAGACAUCGUCUACGGCAACUGGAACGGGCCACACCGUCUGUACAUCCAGAUGAACAACCGGAGGCAGCGGUUCAAGGACAUCGCGUCCCAGAAGUUCUCCAUGCCGUCCCCCGUGCGUACCGUCAUCAUUGCAGACUUCGACAACGACAGCGAGCUGGAGGUGUUCUUCAAUAACAUCGCCUACAGGGGGCCCUCCUCCAACAGGCUGUUUAGAGUGUCGAGGAGAGACCACGGGGACCCCCAGAUUGAGGAGCUGAACGUGGGGGACGCAGCGGAGCCGGAGGGCCGAGGCACCGGUGCCGUGGCAACAGAUUUCGACGGGGACGGCCGUCUGGACCUGCUGGUGUCCCAUGGUGAAAGCGCAGCGCAGCCCGUCUCCGUGUACCGAGUCAACCAGGGCAUCGGUAACUCCUGGUUGCGAGUGAUCCCGCGGACGCAGUUCGGGGCCUUUGCCAGGGGGGCCAAGGUGGUGGUGCACACCAAGAGGAACGGCCCCCACACACGCAUCAUCGACGGGGGGUCCGGGUACCUGUGUGAGAUGGAGCCCGUAGCCCACUUCGGCCUCGGUGAGUCGGCCCCUUACCAUGCCGUGUGUGUGUGUGUGUGUGUGUGUGUGUGUGUGUGUGUGUGUGUGUGUGUGUGUGUGUGUGUGUGUGUGUGUGUGUGUGUGUGUGUGUGUGUGUGUGUGUGCUUUCAUGUCUCUAUUUGGCUCAGCGAGCUCAGAGCUCCAGACCUCCCGUUGGCUGAGGCUCUGACGCCGCUGGGCCGGACCUCCAGCGGAGGACACGGCUCCAGGAACGCCGUGUCCACCGCUGGGCCGGACCUCCAGCGGGGCAGGGUGUAG